GCAACCAACACAGCGCACACCGCCGUCUCGCGAACCAAAAGUUCAAAACCGCACCCCGAAAAUCGCCAUCCACCAGAAAAAGCCUCCACCCAAUUAACCCCCUCGCCGAAACUCGCCGCCGCCUCCAGCCGCUGCCUCUCCUUCCGCCUCCGCACCGGCGCACCGGCUCCGUCGCCAUCGCCCAGGCCUUCGCGUGCCACUUCACGCCGCGCACCUCUCCUCGUUGGCUGCCGGCCUCCGCGCGGCGGCCGGAGCAGGCUAGGGUACCGGCGGCCCCCGGCCCACUUCUCGGUCGAGCUGGAGGACACGCGCAGCAGCCCCGGGUUCUUCUGCGGCGAGCUGUGGUGUGGCCUCAUGGAGCCCAAGGGCGGGCCCGGGCAGAAGCCUAUCGAAGAAGCAAUGGACAGCUUGAAGAUUGAUGCUAGCACGAAGGCAAGCAAUGUCAACUUGCCUGCUAAGAAAGACGCAAGUUCUUCUGAUGCAGUAUCUUGCAUUUCCUCGGGCGAUGCAGCUAGUACUGUGAAGGAAAGUGAAAUGAACCAAGAAGCUUCUACUGGGGACCAAGGGAUGUAUUACUACGGAUAUUACUAUCCUGGCUCAUAUGGAGGAUGGGAUGAAAAUGGCUACUUUGUUGGUUAUAAUGGCCUAGAGAUGCACCCAGCAGUGGUUCAAGGUGAUAACGGGUCAUAUUUGUGCUAUCUCCCUGGGUAUGAAAAUGGAUAUGCUUCUUAUAGUCCGGUUGUUCCUGGUGGCGUUACUAGUGCGGAUGGUCAAUAUGUCAGCAAAGAGCCAUAUUACUCCACUGCAAUUCCAAUGCCAGAUCCCAGCACACCUGGCAUUUUUGCUCAACCAAUUGCUUAUGGACCUGAACUAGUCCCUGCAUACUCAUGGGACCCUUCUUUUGUUCUUCUGGAUGGGGUUCAGGGACGUCCAGUUGGUGUGCAUCAAACAAAUUAUGCUGCAAGACCAAAGUAUUCUUCUAAUAAGCAUGGCGUUGCUUCUUCCAAAGCUGUCCGCAGUGCAAAAGCUGCUCCAGAAACUAUCAAAGGAUCGUCAUCGGCUCUAGAACCUUUACCAAAUGCUGCUAAUAGCAACCCAUUAUCAAAGGGUGCAAAUAAGGCAUCUGGUGCUUCCAUAACAAAAGGAUAUCUUCCAUCUAGCAAGUUUGUGACACAUAGUAAUAACCAAGGAAAAAGCAGUGUUUAUCAAAACAAAGGCAUCAAUGUGAAAGAAAGUGGUAGAAGCUGGACCAACAAUGACAAGCUUAAGACAAGAAGUAAGCUAAAUGGACAUGGUGAUUCUGACAUAUCUAAUGAGAAUAGCCACGCUGAUGACUCAAGACACAGUUUAAGCCCUCGAGGUGAUGUUGUUGGAUUGUCAAGUACUGGAGAUGCUAACAAUACCAUGCCUUCACCUGUCACGAUAAGCAAAAAUGCAUAUAAUCUUCCAGAUUUUGUCACGAAGUAUGAGCAAGCUCUAUUCUUUGUAAUUAAAUCUUACAGCGAAGAUGAUAUUCACAAGAGUAUCAAGUACAAUGUCUGGGCAAGUACUCCUAAUGGAAAUAAAAGGCUUGACAAUGCCUAUAGACUUGCACAGGAAAGGAUGGCAGAAAAAGGAACCAAAUGUCCUGUUUUCCUUUUUUUCUCUGUUAAUGCAAGUGGUCAGUUCUGUGGUGUGGCUGAGAUGGUUGGUCCAGUAGAUUUUAACAGGAACAUGAACUUCUGGCAACAGGACAAGUGGAAUGGUUUCUUUUCAGUAAAAUGGCACAUUAUCAAGGAUGUGCCUAAUCCACAAUUUCGCCACAUAAUUUUGGAGAAUAAUGAGAACAAACCUGUGACAAAUAGCAGGGACACACAAGAGGUCAAAUUUCUACAAGGUACAGAGAUGCUGAACAUUUUCAAGAACUUCUCGUGUAAAACAUCAAUAUUGGACGACUUUGACUUCUACGAGAAUCGGCAGAAAGUAAUGCAGGACAGAAGGGGCAAGCCACUCACUACAUCUUUUGAUCACACAUUGGCAAAAGCUGAAAUAUCUGCAGAAAUUAAAAGGCAAAGACAAUUGAUAAGUGGCACACAGAUUGAUAGAACUAAGAGUAAUGAGGGGCAGGGCACUAAUGUUGGUAUGGUACCUGAUACAACCAAGAAAAAUGAGGAGCAGAGUGAUUAGGAGCUACCCAGCAAGGUUGCAACAGAAGGAUGAUGACUGUUUGGGCUACUUGAACUGGGAAAAAUGAGAUAGCCUCUGAAAUGGACUUCAACCUGAAAUGAUAAGUUUGAUGCGCGUAAUGUCGAAAACAAUCAUUCUUCAAGGUUCUCUUCCAUUUUCUCAUGCCAGCGGAAAAGAAAAAAGGUGAAGCCAUGAAACUGUUUUCCCACGAGAAACAUUCGAUGACUGGGAAAAUGGUUCCGGGACAUUAGGUUGAGGCCCUCAGCGCCAAGGCAUUAGAGCGCCCUCCUUGUCUAUUUUUUUUAUCUGGGAGGGCACUUUCUUUUCUUAUGUCGGAUCUUUUUUCUCCUUCUUCCUAUUAAGCUGCUGAGGUUUUGCCAAGCAAUUUGUGCUGGGGUUCAAAGAAGCUAGUUUGCCUCAUGGCCGGGUGUUUCUUAAGGGUAUGUUUGUUGAUGUGUGGGUUGUCCUCUAGAAUGUGAUAUGUGUUGGAUGUUUUCUUUUAGAAUCCGUGUCCUUGUUCUAAAAAACUGACAUAGAAGAAAAGAAAAAAGGGGGUAUACUGUGAGAGAUUAGGAAUUGCUAGAAUUACAAUAACUUCAUAUUGUGCUGCUGUUUCUUCCAUUAUCAAGAAAAGGGACAAAAAGAUUUGAAAAGCC